CUUGCGGAAGUAACACAAACGGUGUGGAAAUCGGAAAGUAAUACGGCAGAGCGCUAUACAUGAAAUGCCUUCAAUUGAAUUGCAGGAGAGAGUGGAAAACACAAAUAAAGAGAAAAAUACAACAGAGAGACCAAUAUUCUUCACACCACACGACUUUAUGAGCGACGCCAAAGUAAGCGCUUACUACCAACACAAUGCCACACAGCCUCGAGUAAGCUUUAAAGUGCGGCGCGAUAAAUCUACUAGAACUUCACCACCAUCACCACCAAAUGACAUCGUACAACAGGUGUGCGGCAACUUUGGCCAUUGGCAGCUGCGCACCAUACUACUGAUCUUCCUUUGCAAAAUACCCUGCGCCUGGUUUAUGGCUUGCAUCAUUUACACCGCGCCCACACCACAAAAGGGUGACUACUACUGUCGCCCACCGUCGGCACCUUUGAAUGCAAGCGGCGCCCAAGAAAUCACAACGUAUAUGCCCGCCUGGGUGCGCAUGUCACAACCGGUGUCAGAUGAACGCGGCACAGAUCGUCGCUUCUACGUGGACGCUUGCAAUAUAUACGAGGAGCAGUUGCAGCGUGAUUUCGCUGCCAGCCAUGCUAACUAUUCAAAUCCUUUCGAGGAACCCAAUGUGGAGCAAUUGGCCAACGGUUCGUUGGUGUUGAGGGUGAAUGUGUUGCCAUGUGAGCAUUUCAAACAUAAUUCCGAAUACAUUUCAUUGGUUUCGCAGUUCGAUUUGGUCUGUUCACGUCAGCUGUUGAUAUCGAUGACGCAGUCAUUUCAUGGUCUCGGCGCUUUCAUUGGUAAUCUGCUCGCUCAGCAUGCGCUCAAACAUGUGAAUCCUCGUCGCUUAAUGCUCACCGGCAUGUUCUUUCAAAUCUUUUGCGGCUGCAUUACGGGUUUGGUAACAAAUUUCCAACUACACAUUUAUUUCCGGUGUCUGACCUCAAUCGCAUGCACCGUUAUAAUGUCAGCUGGCCAGGUUAUAUUAAUGGAUAUCACAGCGGGGCGUACAAAAACGAUUGUGACUACACUCUCUGAGUUAUUCUGGGGCAUUGGCCUUAUACUCCUGCCGGGAAUCUCAAUAUUUUUUGAUAGCUGGAGCUAUUUAUAUUUAGCUAUAUCAGCAUCGGUUAUCAUAUUGAUAUUUGUACACAAAUGGAUCGCCGAUUCGCCGCGUUGGCUGCUGCGUCGUAAUAAACUAGAUCGUGCACUGGAGCAACUACUGCAUUCAGCCGCGCUUAACCAUCAAUCUAUACCCUUAGAUCUGGAGCAAAAAUUGGCAGCUUUCGCGAAGCAAUUACAGCAAGACACUACGAAGGCGACAAGGUAUUGGUCCAUUUGGGAUAAGACCACCGAUCGGAAGUACAUCUUUUGCAUACACGGUGUCUGGGUGGGCACCAUAAUUCUACACAAUGUGACGCUGUUGAUGAUACGAACAAUGGGUAUGGAGUACAUACACGUAAAUACAGUUUGUAUGGGUCUCUCUGAGGUGCUUGGCAUCUUUAUGGGACUCUACUUUAUACUCUACACCAGACGUCGUUGGCUUUGGAGCGGCCAGCUAUUGAUUGCGGCAGGCGCUGUUACCUAUCUCAUUUGGAUGGUGCCAAAUACGCUAAAAUUAAGUCGACGAGUCGGUUUCGAAAUGAUCUUUUGGAUGUUUUUAAAGUUCGCAACAGCGAUCGCCUUUGCCGUGCUCGCCACAUGCACUGGCGAAGUGGUGACACCAGAAAAACGACCCACCCUAAUGUUCUCGGUGGUGACUCAUAGUCGCUUUUGGCUAAUUUUCGGUCCAACAAUAUCGGUCACAAUUCAAAUACACUACCUAAUACCCAUCACUGUGUUGGCAUCUCUGGCCGUAGUCACGGGCAUAUUGCUUUGCUUUCUAAAUCGUGCUUUCUGGAAUACGGAUCAACCGCGCAGAGCCAAAGCGCCCACACCAAAUACUUAUCGGCGUAACUCGUCGGCUGAACUGCUACGACGCGCUUCGGCUGGUACAAAAAUGGAAUUCUAUGAAAAUCCUUUGACGAUAAGCAUAUCUGAUUUGUGGUUGGUGAAUGCACAAAUCGAGACCAUAACAGAGCAGGACGUGCUUACGGCUGAGGAUGGUGAGAAGGAGGCGAAAGCGAAUGAGGCGCCGAAAUGAUGUUGAGCAUUUGCAAGGAAUGUGCUGACUAUGUACAAUAGAUAUAUAUUUAAGUGAAUAAGGGGAUAUUUGUGUCAUCAGGAAACAGUUUUUUUAUUGAGUUACAGACAUUGGACACAUACAUACAUACGCUUCUGUGAUGCUGUUGUUGUGAAAUUUCAAUAUAGAACUAUUUUUGUAUGUUCGAUUUUUAUUGA